CCUUUACAUCAUGGGCGGUCCCAUGCAGCAACAUUGAAAAGGCUGUGCAUGUAAACACAACUUUUGUAGCAUCCAAAAAAUAUCGCUGACGGCGUAGAAGUGGCCAUACCGCUUACAAGUUGUGCUGCGUGUUAAAGUGAAUAUGCACAUAAGAUUGUGAAUCACAAAGUGCUUAGUCUUUUGCCAAAGAACCUGAUCGAACAUGAGUUGUGUGGUGCCUGCUCCCGGCGUGAAUGUUGACGGUGAUGACCGGUGGUUGUGCUUGCACAAAUUAUUCUUAGCAGAAGGGACAGAAAAAGAACCGGACGUCGUCGUGCUUGGCGACUACACAGUAGCAUUCCUUCAACAGUCCGAGGCAAGCUUUCUGAAUCGACGCAUAUUUGCUUGUGUAUGCCGUCGCGAAAUUCAUAUUUUAUCCAGGGAAUUGAAAUGUCUAUUCUUCUAUUUAAAGGUAUGGGAAAACUAUUUUGCACCCUUACACUGCUUAAACUUUGGCAUUCCUGAAGACCGAAUUGAAAAUGUGCUCUGGAGAAUUGAAAACGGAGAGCUCGACAACGUGAAAGCAAAGGUUGUUGUGCUUUCUGUGGGCUCCAAUGAUAAUGCAAGUUCUCCUGAAGCUGUUUCGGAAGGAAUAGUGACAUGCACAACUGCUAUCAAGUCUCGCCUUCCCGAGGCACAAAUAGUCGUCUUGAAGCUGCUACCCUGUGGCCAACACCCAAACUCUCAGCGCGACCGGCGACGCCAGAUCAACGAGCUCCUGGCCAAGGCACUGAAGGGCCAACCACAGGUUCAGCUAGUGGACUUGGACCCAGGGCUGGUGCGUCCCGAUGGUACCAUAGGCUACCAUGACAUGUUCGACUUCCUGCACCUGAGCAGGCAGGGCUUUGUGUCCACCUUUGAGCCACUGGCCGACUUGGUCGCUCAGCUACUGAGAGAGGCUGCGGGCGCCGGGGACACUCCUGUCGCUGCCUCUUAGGUGCAGUGCAAUGGGGAAAUGAUCCACCGGCAUUCUCUCUACUACCACUGUGCAUUGCUUUCUGUGGCUGAGCAACAUUCUUUUUUUCUCCCCCCCCCCCCCCCACACUCUUGCAAUGCACUGCCAGUUUUGAGGGACGUUAAAAAGAAACAUAAAUAGGCCUUAUACUGAUAGACUGUUCAUAGAAAUUUGUGUUCAUUUGGUGUAAAAAAGUCAAUUAUUAGCAGAGGCAAUAAAUAAUGUUCAUCUUUUCUGUAUUUACACCUAAACACUGGGCCAUGUUGUCAAUGUGACAUCGCACAGAUUUGAAGGUGUUAGUGCAUAUUUCGAUAUUUGUGCCUGGAGAGUUCCCAGAAGUUGUUAGGUUGAAUAGCUGCUUGCUUUCGAAUGCAAUGCAAUUCCUUUUUUUAUUGGUACUUGCUUAACUGGUGCAAAGAAAAUUACAAUCCAUGAUGUCAUGGGCAGCUUGUACGGGAAUGUCAAGUGGCAAAGCCAACCAUCAUUGGCUUUUGUGUCCAUUCUUGCUUUAUCAGCCCAUUUGGUGUUGUGUAAGUAUACCAGUCUGGCUUAACAUAAUAUUUGUAUUUAGUGUCCCUUUAAGUCAUAUUUGCAUGAAUUUGUGUGGCAGUGGUCCUGUGUCUCGGCUGCUAAGAGGAGUGGCCAGAACUGUGGCGAUCACCUCUCCUAAUGCACAGUGGGAACUCAAGUAACAUUUACUGACAUUUUGAGGUGCUUGCCUGUGAUGCCACAGCGCACUAUUACUUGUGAUUUCUUUUCUCUGUUUCGAUGUGCAAUGCAUUGUUGGCUUGACAUCAUUUCUGCACGUGCUGGCAUGGGAAGAUAGUUUGGCGCGAACGUGCGAGCGACACUGAAGAUGCAUGAUCACACAAUGAUCACACACGUGCGUAGCUGCACCUGUUGUGUAGUUGAAGCGGCAUCGCUGUCAAGCACACCUGAUUCAUGUAACUGCAGUUGGCUGUGGUUGCCUGGAGGCAGUGCGCUUUAAGUUUUGAGCUUAUGAGAAUAGGUUUUGCUUCUACAUUUCAGGAACUAAUUUUACUUAGUUUUAAAAUGUUUUAAAUAUGUGACAGUGGUCAGAGGGAAAGAAAUUUUGCAUUUGGCAUGUUUUGUCAAUUGACAAAAGUGUGAAACAAGGCCUCAACUUUACCAGUGAAUGGCAAAGAGGAAUUUUUGUAAUUUAAGUUUCAGAGGUCUGAUGAUACCUCAUUCAAUUUGUUGGAAUGUUUUCUUUCCCCUGUAGCUGUUCUGAUUGUGCUCGUGGUGGGAAGCACGUCUGCAGUGUGCAAGCAGUGUAGUGUAUGGGGAGUGAUGGGCACCUCUAAUACAAUACAAUAUGCAGUUUUCUUUUUUUGUGUGUGUGUGUUUCUUGAUGCAUUCUUACAAAUCUAUAACGAGCACUUGGCCCAUUAUAGCAUGUUUUCCACCUGUUCUCAUGAUGUUGCAAGUUGACCGUGAUUUUGCCGUGUUGUCUUUUCUUUCAAGAUCUUCUAAUUAAGGAGCCUAACCUGCAGUAAUGUGAGAAUGCUAGCCUAUCUGGGGUCUGUGUAUUAAUGUACGUACAUCUCCCAUGUUUGAUAUUAUUCUCCAUGGGGAAAAUGGGACACAAGCGCUAGAUGUAUGUAGUUUAUUUAUUGUUACACUUCUGCUUGUGUGCUUCAGGUGGCUUUGGCUGCUUAAAGUUUAGUGUUGUCUGGUAUAGCAAAGAAAUUGUGCAAGAAUGGGACAACUGAUGGUCCUUGUGGUUUCAGUGCUCCAAUGCUCGUUAUGGGUAAAUUUUAAGUCAUGGUUGGUAGUGAUGAUAUGCCUUUGGUUCUUUUAGCAAGUAAAUUUGGAUGCUGAAGCUUCUUUUUAUUUUCCAAUGAGUUCUUAUUUUCCUGUUAUUUCUCCUGGGUGUACUCAGGUUGUAAAUAUGUGAAGGUGUUGGUUGCCUAUUGAAUGCCUGAAAUUAUGUUUUGCUCCAAUAUUGUACAGUGCUUUGUGCAUCUAACUUGCAGGCAGUUAGUUAAUUGAUGUGUUCCACCUUAAUGUUUCUUGCGUUGCACUUUAGUGCUACAUUCUCUAUAAGCUUAGUUAGCGUUAGGAUUGCUGCAUUCAAUUCAGUUUAAAUGUGUGUGCAAGUUGGUACGUUGUGUUGAUGCAGGAUGCGAUAAGGUUGAGCAUUUUUGUCACCUUUUCGGGUAUUUUUGAGCUGUUACAGUGUAUUACCUGUUUCUGAAUAGUAUUGCAUCGCGUCUAUCGGAACGGCUAGAAUUUGACGCCCAUGCAUUUCUGCUGGAAAGGAAAGCAAAAAGAGAAUUUUUUUUUUCUUCUGACCAAUGUGACAGCAGUGCCUUUGUCGUUGGAUCUGCAGUGGUGCGUAAUAAAUUUCCUGAAGCCUGCAAAAC